AUUUCCUUCUUCUAUCAAAAAGCUUUAUAUCAAUGGGAAGAUCACCUUGCUGUGAUAAAAAUGGACUGAAGAAAGGUCCCUGGACGCCUGAAGAAGAUCUCAAGCUCAUCAAUUAUAUUCAGCUUCAUGGCCCUGGCCACUGGCGCACCCUCCCCAGAAACGCCGGGCUUCAAAGAUGUGGAAAGAGUUGUCGUCUUCGAUGGACUAAUUACUUGAGACCUGAUAUUAAGAGAGGAAGAUUCUCAUUUGAAGAAGAAGAGACCAUAAUCCAGUUGCAUAGUGUUUUAGGCAACAAGUGGUCAGCAAUAGCUGCUCGGUUGCCAGGAAGAACAGACAACGAAAUCAAGAACUAUUGGAACACCCAUAUAAGAAAAAGGCUACUCAGAAAUGGGAUUGAUCCAAUUACUCAUGAGCCACGUCUUGAUCUUCUCAACCUCUCCACCAUUCUCAGAUCAACUCUCUCUAACCCUAAUUCUCAGCUUCUCACUCUCUCCAACUUGUUAAGAACACAGUUCUCUUCAACCCAGAACUUCUAAAUAUAGCCUCGACCCUCCUGUCACUCAAGCAAGAAAAUCCUGAAACGCUACUCCAAUUCCUGCAACAAAACCAGUUGC